GGUGGCGGCGCGGCGCGGGCUGGCUGGCGGCGGCUCCACGACCUGCUGAAACUCAGCCUGCUGGGACGAGUCUGCUUUCCCCCCUCCUGUUUCUGCCAUGGAAGUGUGUGGACAGCCCUGUUGACGAUGACAUGUGACACCAUUGGCUUUCCCUGGCAGUCACACCCCUUGACCCACGGCCUGCCAACUUGGCAGCGGCCUCUCCAUUCUCGAUGUUCCUGAUCCCCAUGGACCCACGACUGUAGCCAUGGCCACGCGGGUGGAGGUGGGCUCCAUAACGCCCUUGACGGCGGUGCCAGGCCUGGGUGAGAUUGGCAAGGAGGACACCCUGACGAGGACCUACUUCCUCCAGGCUGGCGAUGCCUCUGGGGCUCCCCCAGCCCGGAUCUUGGAGGCGAAGAGCCCCCUGCGGAGCCCGGCCCGCCUACUCCCUCUGCCAAGGCUCGCCCCCAAACCUUUCUCGAAGGAGCAGGACGUGAAGUCUCCUGUCCCGUCUCUGCGGCCCGGUUCGACUGGACCUUCUCCCUCUGGGGGGCCCUCUGAGGAGCCAGCAGCAAAGGAUCUGGACAGGAGGGUGCCCGGCUUGGUGGGGCAGGAGGUGGGCAGCGGGGAGGGCAUGAGGGCAAGCUCGUCCCUCUUCCACAAGGCUGUGUUCCUGCGCCCCAGCUCCAACACCAUGAUUCUCUUGGAAACCACAAAAGGCGGCCCCGCUCUGGGGAAGGCGCUGGGCGAGGGGGCCGAGGAGGCCAAGCCGGGUGUGGCCGGCUCCCGGCCCGAGGUGGCCGCCAAGCCCGCCCUGCCCACCCGAAAGCCUGCGGGGACCCUUCCCCGGUCAGCGCCCCCUUCAUGGGACAGAAAGCCACCUAUACCCCAAGAGGAGGCCGGCCGAGACCAGCCUCCCUCGAAGGCCAGCAGUGUGGAGGACACGGCACACCCCCCUGUGGAGCCCAGGCCUCGCCUGAAGAGAAGGCCCGUGUCCGCCAUUUUCACGGAGGCCAUUCAGCCCCAGAAGCCAGGCCCCGGCGCGGUGGCCACGGUGGGCAAAGUGCCCCCCACCCCUCCCGAGAAGACGUGGGUGAGGAAGCCCAGGCCCUUGUCCAUGGACCUCACGGCCCGCUUUGAGAACAGAGAGGCCUUGCUGAGGAAGGUGGCCGACGAGGGAAGUGGGGCCACGGCCGGGGCCACGGCUGGGCUGGACAGGCCCAGGGCAGAGCGCAGGCCGGACCAGGCGGAGGCUCCUCUUCACGAUCCGGAUUCGGACUUCCUGGAGGUGGCCAAGAAAAUCCGUGAACGGACGGAGAAGAUGCUUUUGAAGGAGGAGACGGGCAGCCCCAGAGCCCCGGGGGGCUCAGCCAGGGUCACCCCCAGCAAUGACCAGCGUCCCUGGGAAGAAAAGGCCAAGAUGGACCUGGAGCCAGAGAAGGCCGCUGAGUCCCCCUCGCCCAGGCUGGGAAGGGGCCUAGAACUCUCUGAGGUUAAGAGCAGGGCGGACCACAGGGAGACCCUGGCCCCGGCGGGGGGAGAGUGGGUGUCCAGGGGGAGCGUCAGGAAGUGCAUCAGCCUGUUUCGGGAGGACGGCACCUUGGCCUUGGGGGUGGGGGCUGAACCCCCUCUGGCUACCCCUGCGCCCCCGUCGGUGGCACCAGAGACGGAGAAGAGGGUUGUGAGCGUCCAGGAGCGGAUCAAAGGCUGGGCCACCGAGGGCGCCGAGGCCAAGCCGGAGGUCAGGAGAAGGACGAUCCAGGCUCGGCCGCUGUCGGCGGAUUUGACCAAACUGUUUUCGAGUUCUGCUUCAAGCAACGAAGUCAAAUAUGAGAAGUGCGCUGAGCUGAGCGGGGAGCUUCCUAAGGAAACGAGAGAAAAGCAAAAGGAGGGGCAUGGUGUGGAUAAAACAUGCAUCCCGAGAAGCCCCUGGAAGUCUGGAACACUCCAGGAGAAGUCCAGGCGGACGGAGCAGACGGUUAGCUCUAACCAGGACCCUGACAGCCGUCACGGUAAAAGCUCAGUGGAGGCCCCGUGCCCUUCUGACAUCACUCGGGAAGAUGACCGGAGCUUCCAGACCGUGCGGGCCACCGUGUUUGAGCACCACGUGGAAAGACACACAGUGGCUGAGCAGUCAGGACGUGGGCUCUCCACACUCCCUGGGGACACGGCUGAUGCCCGUGUCUCAGAACCCAGGCCGAGGCCUGAGAUAGGCUCUUGGCUGGCCAGGGACCCACCAGACAUGACAAAACUCAACCAAGAGAACUCCAGGGGGUUUGACCAUCCUGAGGAGAAGCUGGGGAGAACCGCCCUUUUGAACGGUGAACUGAGACCGUAUCACACGCCUCUCCGGGAAAAAUACCUUUUGGCUGAAAGACUCAGUAAUAACCCCUCACUCAAGCCCUUGGACAACCCUCCCACUUCCCAGAGGGUUGAGCCCAGGUAUGACGUUGUGCAUGCAGUCGGGGAGCGCGUGCACAGCGAGACCAUCUCACCCGCGCCGGAGGAGAAGGCGGUCACGCUCCGCAGCCGCAGGUCCUGGCUGAAGGACAGGCAGCUGUCCCAGGAGGCCACCCCUGCUGACCUGGAGUGUGGUCUGGAAGGUCAGGCAGGGUCCGUCCAAAGGGCCAGUUUGAUUUGGGAAGCUCGAGGGAUGCCCGAGGCCAGUGGGCCGAAGUCACCCAAAUGGCUAGGCGCGGCGGUGGUGAGCUCACACAAGGCCACCGCAGUGGGUGGCGAAGAGCACUGUGCUCCUGGUGCCACCCCCGGCAGGGCUGUCAAGGCUGCCGUCUGGGAAACCCAGCAUGAUGGUCCAGAAGGGGCCAGAAGCAAGCCAGGGGCUGGAGCAAGGGGUCCACCCCAAGGAUGCCCCCUGGAUCCUCCUUCCAGGGCGACGAAUGGGCCUUCUGACUCCCAAGCACGAACACAUCCAGAUGCAUUUUCUGUGCAGAAAGGGCCCUUUGUUGUGGCCGCCAGGGAGGGUGAUCCAGGGCCAGCCCCGGUGCCGCAGCCUGCAGUCAAAAUGCGGAAAGCCAGCCCCACGGACCAGAGAAUAGACAGAUGGCGGCGGCGGACUUUACCCCACAACGUGAAAUUUGACACGUUCAGUUCUCUGGUUCCAGAGAACUCUUCACAGGUGGGACACAGACAGACAGAGUAUGUGAGCCCCACAGCCAGUGCCUUAAGGAAACCUCAGCUAUCCCACUCCAGGGUGGAGACCCAGGAGGUGAGCCCAGGCGCUUCCUGGGACCAGACCUCCCCAGCAGUGAAGCAAGGGUCACCGGUGGAACCCAAGGCGACAUUUUUUGCAGUCACCUAUCAGAUUCCCACUACUCAAAAGGCAAAGGGUGUGGUUCUGUCAGGGGCUGAAAACUUGCUGGAAUAUUCUAGAAAAAUCACUCCACCCUCUUCUCCUCAUUCUUCAACAUCCACUUUAGUUUCUCUUGGCCAUGAAGAGGCAUUGGAGGUGGCAGGUAGUCAAAUGUGGACGAAGGGACGAGAGCAUGAAAAUGCAAGCGUUUCAAAAACUCUGAAGCCAACAGACCGUCCAUUAUCUCUUGGGGCCAGGAUUCUGGACCCUUUCAGUGGAAGAAUCAUUGAUGUGGAUGCCUUACGGAGUCAUCGGGGAUCCGAAGAUAGUCCUCGUCUUCAGAACGAUCGCAAGGAAAGUGGGAACAAGGUGUCCCCCAGCGGCGAAACUCCCCAAACCACCCCGACUCUGAGGAGUCGUCCAAAAGAUCUCCCUGUGGGAAGGAAGACUGAUGUGAUCAGUGAGACGUUCCCAGGUAAAAUCAGAGACGGCUACAGAUCCAGCGUUCUCGACAUUGAUGCCCUGAUGGCUGAGUACCAGGAGCUGUCACUGAAAGUCCCUGGGGAGGCUCAGGAGAGGAGGAGGAGUCCCAUGGCAGAGUCCAGCACGUUGCCUCGGGAGAGGCCAGGCCAGCCGGGCAGGGUGGAGCAGAGAAGGAGGAGCCUGAAGGAGGUGCCUGAUGCUGGGGGUCUCUGGAAACCGGCCAGCUCUGCUGAAAUAAACCACAGUUUCACUCCUGGCCCAGGCAGGCAGCUGGCAGAGACCCCAGAAGCAGCCAUGGGCACCAAGUCUAGCCCUCCUUUCUGGGCUCUGCCACACUCGACUCCUUCUGAAAAGUAUCCAGGGGUCUCUCCUAUCUCUGCGGAUCCCAGGAGAAAAACCCUGGGGUUUGCUGAGGGUGACAGAAAGGCCUUUGCCGGUAAACACCACGCUGCAAAGAGUCAGAGUUACCUGACUGAGUCACAGCCCUCUGGUCGGGAGGAUCCAAGCAGUGGGGUCAGGGUGUCACCCACUCCGCCCCCCACUGACCAGAUGAAAGGGACCCCAAGAAAAUCUGCCAGGCGGGGAGAGGAGGGCAGUGUGGCCUACUGGGGUGACCACCCACGUGACUGUGGACGGGGGCCGCUGGAUAUCAAGAGGGCCUACUCGGAGAAGGGGCCCCCCGCCAACAUCCGAGAGGGCCUGGCCAUCAUGCAUGAAGCCAGGGAGAGGAGGCGAGAGCAGCCCAGAGGGAGGCCCAGCCUUACUGGAGAGAAUUUGGAGGCCAAAAUGGGACCCUGUCGGUGGGAGUCAGGGACUCGAGACAGUCAGAAGGUGCUGCCACGGGAGCUGGAGAAGGGGGAUGCCCCCCAGGAGAAGGAGCGGCUGCUCCAGCAGAUGUCCCCUGUGGCCUUAGUCCCCCGGAGAAGCCACAGCUUCUCCAAGGACAGGAGGAGCGGACCCUUUGUGGACCAGCUGAAGCAGUGUUUCUCCCGGAGGCCCGCUGAAGCCAAGGACACUGAUACCCUCGUGCACGAAGCCGACAGCCAGUAUGGGACCUGGACAGAGCAGCGCCAGAGCGGGGAGAGCUUGACCACUGAGUCCCCAGAUAGCAGUGCCACAUCAACAAGGAAACAGCCCCCCAGCAGCCGCUUGUCCUCUCUGUCCUCCCAAACGGAGCCCACCUCGGCCGGGGACCAGUAUGAUGGCUCCAGGGAGCAGCGGAGCACCAGCGUGGACCGCUCCAGCACCGACCUGGAAUCCACCGACGGGAUGGAGGGACUGCCCCCGCCGGAUGCCUGCCCUUCAAAGAGAGUGGAUGACUUCUCUUUCAUUGAUCAAACCUCAGUCCUCGACUCAAGUGCCCUCAAGACCCGGGUGCAGCUCAGCAAGAGAAGCCGCCGCCGGGCCCCCAUCUCCCACUCCCUCCGGCGCAGCCGAUUCAGUGAGUCUGAGAGCAGAUCGCCUUUGGAGGAUGAGACGGACAACAUGUGGAUGUUCAAAGACUCAACGGAAGAGAAAUCACCCAGGAAGGAAGACUCAGAUGAGGAGGAGACGCCAUCCAAGGCUGAGAGAACCCCCGUCAGCCAUCCUCAGAGGAUGCCCGCGUUUCCAGGCAUGGAUCCGGCAGUGCUGAAGGCUCAACUGCACAAGAGGCCAGAGGUGGACAGUCCCGGCGAGGCCCCCAGCUGGGCACCCCAGCCCAAGACCCCCAAGUCGCCCUUCCAGCCCGGGGCACUGGGCAGUCGUGUGCUGCCUUCCAGCAUGGACAAGGACGAGAGGUCGGAUGAACCCUCUCCCCAGUGGCUAAAGGAACUGAAAUCCAAGAAGAGGCAAAGCCUUUAUGAGAACCAAGUUUGACCAGCCAGGGAACACCACAUCUACUUAACAGAAGCCUUAACCGUCAGAACCCGCAGACAAGGCCAAGCUGCUGCCGUUUCUUCCUGCACAAUGUUUAAAACGUGCCUGGGCCCUUCCCGUUGGAUUGAGAACGCUGUCCAGUGACGCUGUCCUCGCCAGGCUCUCCCUGGAUCCAGAAGGGAAGACCCAACCUCCGGGAGCACUCGCUCAUCUCCCCAGACAGCACUUCAGGAUGGGAAAGGAGCCAGGCUGCCCAGAAAUGUCCAUGUGGGUGGUUUUGCUUUUUACAUAAAAAUCUGCAUUUCUACCUACUUUAGACAUCUUUAACAGCUCCAAGAGCGUCAGCAUGAGGCUGGGAUGUCUCCUCAGAUUCUGAAAAACACCUGAUUUUGUGAAAGCGCCUCCUCACCUGACCCCAGGGCAGGCCUUUUUUUUUGGAAGGACAUUUCCAAGGAAGAUCAAACUGUUCAUUUCCAGCUGUAGUCUUGGUGCAAGGCAUUACCACUGGGUUGAGGGUUUUUUUUUUUUUUUUUUUUUUUUUUUGGUGAGUUCCUUCUUCCCCUCGAGGAAUCGGCAGUUCCAGUUUUUAAAUGUACUCUCCCUGAUCCUUUGAAGCGUAUUUCUCUUUCCAGUUGGGGCUGUGUAAUUGUCAUUUUUGUUUGCUUUAGAAGGUGAUAAAGCAAUAAUUCAGCCAAUUUUCUUUGAAACUUGAUACGUAUAUGUGUGUUUACAUUAAAGGACGGGAGGACAGAUGUGUGAGUAAUUGGUUCUGAAGUAUCCAGUCACCUCAGGUUACCUCAUCACUAUCCAAGCUGUUUAGAAGUUGUAAUUGUCACUAUUGUGUAUAUUUCCCUGGCUUAUUUUCAUUUGAGCUCUGGUUUCUGUAGGAUGACCUUUGUCGCUUGACCCUAAGGGUUCAUAAACUGCAGCCCACGUGGUGGUACCUUUGUCAUUGAAUCAUCAGACCUGCCCUAAGAAUCUUUUUCUCCAGAGUCUUCUUCGAACGUGACCUGGGCUGCUGGCAUGGAGUAGCUGUUCCGAACUGGCCUCAGAACAAAUGUAGGAAUGAAGGGUACUUCUUGCUUUUACUCACGUCUUUUUCCCACGUCUAACUCCACCUGACCAAGUGCAGGUCUUGGUGAAAGCCCUUCUCUGGAGGGGAGCUCCGCAGCCAAAGACUCUGGACAGAAGUGCUGGGUGCUAGGUGACCAAGCGUGGCCCCCUUUUUUCUUGCUAGCUAUCAGCUGAUUCUGGGGAAUCCUUAAGACCUCUGAGGGCUCCAGACACUCUCUACCUUGUCUUUGUUUUGGAAAUGCCCAACACCAGCCUCUUCCACUCUAAGUCCUAAGGCUGUAGCAGACACCCUAGAUGUGCUUGGCUGGCUGCCUGCCAUGCCUGGAGUUGCCAUAGUCUGUGUGCCAACCUUGCCUGGGAGAUACCCAUCAUGAGGUGCUUGGGCAGUUCAUAGAGAGCCUGUGACGUGGGGUGUAGUUUCCUAAUGGAUCCAUGCACAGCGCUGGCUAGAUAGGGAAGUGGAAGGCAUGUGUGCCCUCCACUCCCUCCCAACAGUUUCCCAAGAGGUCAGUCUUUCUCGAUAAAUCCAUUCAUUGCAAAUGGCUGUCAAAACAUGCUUCCCUUCUCCCUGGCUAGUUCUCAAGAGUUCAUUUGUCUCUCCAUCUCAGCUUCCUCUCUCAUCUCUCUUUACCCCUCUUCUGUCGCUUAGUGGAUGGAUGGGCGUGGAUAGAAAUCCCGUUUCUCUAGGUUAAGACAAACACCUGGGCCCUGGUGAGGGGGUUGCUGUUCAGCACCAGGGACAGCAACCGCAGGGCUGUGAGGUGGGAGCCCACCAUGUGUCCUGUUCCAUGAGUUUUGGCUACUGAUGAGCAAUUGGUAGACCAUGUCACCGCCCCCCCCCUAGCCUUUUACAUGUGGGAGCCUCAUGCAUCUGGGUUUGUGAGUUUGGCCCUGCUCAAUGAUUGAUUGUUUUCUCUUAAUUCCUGUAACUGCUUCAGUUGAUUUCUUUUUUAAAGAUCGAGUUUAUGUUUUAUAAUAAUUUUGAUGUUAUGGCUUUCCAAGUCAAUGGGAUCCCCUUUAAAAUACACUCCUGGUGUUUUGUUUUGUUUUUCGAGACAAGAUCUUGCUCUGUUGCUCAUGCUGGAGUGGAGUGGCACGAUCAUAGCUCGCUGCACCCUCUAACACCUGGGCUUAAGUGAUUCUCCCGCCUCAGCCUCCCAAGUAGCUGGGACUACAGGUGUAUGCUACCACAACCAGCUAAUUUUUAAAAAGUUUAUAGAGAUGAGGGUCUCACCCUGUUGCCCAGGCUGGUCCCGAACUUCUGGGCUCAAGCAGUACUUCCCCUCAGCCUCCCAAAAUGCUGGGAUUACAGACGUGAGCCACCGCACCUGGCCUAAAACAUACUCCUCGCCUGUUGUUCCUGACUUCUUAUCUUGGCUGCUGUCUGUCUUUCCUUCAGGUGGAAAGGACCCUCGGUACCAUCUCAAGCAGUAGGAAAGGACUUGCUCUUACAUAUAUCGAUGCUCACCAUGCAAAACUCUCAGUUCUUCAUUAGUCAUGUCUCAGCUCAAUAUCAGAUAUAUCUCAGCAACAAGGAUAUCAAUUGCUCAAGGAAUGAAACACACUUGAAAAUGAGAUUGGCCUGGAAAUUUUUUCCCCUUAAUCUCUCAUACCUUAAUUGAGAAAAAAAUCUAUUUAAUUCUAUUUUAAUUAGGACACACAGAGUUGACCUUCCUUGAAAGUGACUAGGGCAAGCCCUGAAGAUCUUCCUCACCUCCUUUUACUUUUCUAUAACCUUGUCUCUUCCAGCACCACAGGGCAGACAAUCACAGUGGGUCAAGGGCGACCCUCUUUCAUGCAGACUCCGCCAUGACCUGCUUAUGAUCCAUGCAGUGAAGUUAGAAGUAACUGAUAGCCUUUGCAGAUAGCUGGGCAAAUGGGUGAUUUACUUCUCCUCAUUCUAAAUGAAGGGAGCUCUCUUUGAGGCUAAGCAAGGGAGCGUUGUACGCUAGUUUCUAGACUUUGCCUGGAGCCCCCUUUGGAAAUCUGUCUUCUUUUUAAACUCAAUAUGCCUUAAUCAUCUCUGUGCAACCGGGUCAUCCAACCUUCCUCCCCUGGGGCCUUGGCUGUCCUCAGUGAGCGUCUCAGGCAGAAUGGAAAGUCCUCUAUAUGUAUAAUCUUUUCCUGCCUGGUUUCUCUUCCUCCUCACCUCCCUUUGCACAUCAGCAUUUUGACAGCUGGUCUUUUGAGACGCCUGUAUCUUUUUUCCUCUCCAGUAGAUACACCUUCUUUUCAUGGUCCUUUGCCCAAUGAAACAGAGGCCUUUGGCCUUUGAAAAUCCAUGACAAUGCCUCAGAAAUCAGUGUUCUGGAGGAUCGCUCCCUGCCACCAGAGAAACUCUGGUGAAAGAGAAAUCUUAUGGUGUUUAGGAUGUUGGAUUUUGAAGUGAACCUGACCUGAUAGCCUCAGGUUGUGGAGGAUUCAGGGAAAGGACAAUCAGACCAUGGUGUUUUCCAGGGGGACACACCAAAUCACGUGGUUUCAGACAAUGGUGUUUUCCUUUGUGCCUCCCUAGAGGGGAGGGCCACCUUAAGGGCAUCGCUAAGAAGCCAGAACAGAAAGGCUGGGCAAGGGAUUUGGAAAAACCCUUAGCGUGAUUUUCCUGAGAGAGUCCUCAGCUGCUCUGACCUGGUGCCGAUAGCUGCUUUGUCGAUCUGUGCUUUCAAAUUUUCUUUACAAUAUGCCCCCAGAUGGCUUCUGGAACUAGUCACAAUUGCAAACUGUAAAAAUCCCUCCUCCCCAGUUUAGAUUCUGAAAGCAGAGUAAGUGAUAGGAAGACAUUCUGUGUUCUCUGUGCCUUCCCCCUCACCAUGUGUCAAAACCCAAAAGCUGAGGACCCACAGCAUCAUGAUUCCGUGGGGCUGGGGGAGGGGACCUACCCCACUUCUAGAGGGGGACCUGCUUUGGGCUCAGUCCCCUUAGCGACUGGGGGACCCUUGCUCUCUGCUGAGAAGCUGCCAGGGCUCACCCAGUUGGAAUUCCAGGCCGGCCAAGGCUCGGGAAGCCUAGAGCCUCGUAAAAAGCCGGUAGGCGUGAAUGUGCCGGGUCUUUGUGAGCCUUCCUCUCCUUUUGCACCCCCCAAUCCAGAGGGUUUUUUUUUUUUUUCCUUUUGUCUGAAUUGGCUCCUGCAGGGGGAAGGCCAGAAAGCUAGGCCCUCUGCUCUGGAAAGUCGGCCCGAGGUUUCUGGCAAGUUAACGCUUCGAAUCGACACCUCUCAGCCCUCCCUCCCCUUUGGCCUUCCCAGAACCUCCUUCAAUAGUUGCUCUGGCACCCGUGCCGGGACAUCUUCCUCCAUGACUUGGACUGGUACUUCCUUGACAAUCCCUGUUGGCAUCAGACCGACUAAAAAUGAUGCUGUUUUCUAAAGAAUUUGAACUUUUUUUUUUUUUUUCCUGAGACCAGGUCUCGCUCUGUUGCCCAGGCUGGAAUGCAGUGGCACCAUCACAGCUCACUGCAGCCCCCAACUGCUGGGCUCAAGCGAUCCUCCCACCUCCACCUCCUGAGUAGCCUACAUGACAGGCACACGCCCCCAUGCCCGGCUGAUUUUUUAAAUCUGUUUUUUGUAGAAACAGGAUCUUGCUAUAUUGCCCAAGC